GCCUUUGAAAACGUUAGCUGUAAGUGUUAAUAAAAUAAUAAUUACAAGUAAAGCAACAAUGAAAGUACUGUGGUGUGUAUUUCUUGGGUUAUUACCUUCAUGUCUCUCGCUGAACAACGGGUUGGCUCUGACGCCGCCCAUGGGCUGGCUAACUUGGGAAAGGUUUAGAUGCAUCACAGACUGCAAGAAGUAUCCUAAAGAAUGUAUAAGCGAAGCGUUAAUAAAACGUACUUCUGAUAUCAUGGUGAAGGAAGGGUAUCUCGAUGCUGGCUAUAACUACAUAGCCAUAGACGACUGCUGGCUGGAGAAUAAACGCGACGCCAAUAAUCGCAUGGUGGCCGAUCGACAUCGUUUUCCGAGCGGCAUGAAAGCGCUUGCGGAUUAUGUCCAUGAUCGAGGCCUACAGUUCGGGAUAUACCAGGAUUACGGUACGAAAACGUGCGCUGGGUACCCAGGUGUGCUGGGCUACGAGGAGAUUGAUGUCAAAACCUUCGCCGAAUGGGAUGUAGACUACGUGAAACUGGAUGGAUGCUAUGUUAACACUACUAAAAUGGAUACAGGUUAUCCCGCUUUCGGGAAAUUACUGAAUGAAACUGGACGUCCUAUGCUGUAUUCAUGCAGUUGGCCGGCGUACCAGGAUAAACCUAACUACGAUUCGAUUGAAAGACAUUGUAACUUGUGGCGUAACUGGGGUGAUAUCGAUGACUCCUGGACGUCGGUGAAAAGCAUCAUGAAGUGGUUCGGGGACAACCAGGACGAGCUGGUGAAGCACGCAGGACCUGGACAUUGGAAUGACCCUGACAUGAAAGACAUCAUUAAGGUCGACCAAGAUCCCCUCGGGAAGCAGGGACUUCGAGUAUGGAGCGGAUCCAAUUGCGAGAUCUGGACUCGAGAAUUAGUCGAUGGAUCUUACGCUAUAGCUUUUGUGAACUUACGAGAGGACGGUGCUCCGCAUAUACUAAGAGCUAGCGCCCUCCAAAUGAAGAUACCUAAACAAACUUAUAAAGUAAAGGAUCUGUACGGGGACGAAGAAUCAAGGGUGUUUGGUCCUGAAGAUGAUUUCGAAACACGAAUAAAUCCCACAGGUGUUCGUUUCUACAAAUUCACAAAAUGUAUAUCUCACGGAAGGAGAAGACGUGAAAAUGGAAGCCAUUGUGUUGUUUAAUUGCCAUCCUGACACGAUUCUAACGCAUUUUGUAAAUUAAUAGAUUGUUGA